CGCAGUUAUUGCUCUUUUUUUAUUGAAAUUAUAGUUAUUAAUUAAUCUUUAUUGUACCAAUUAUAUUCAAUUUUUGUAAAAUUUCGAAAAGAGAGUAGAAAAUUUAUUAAAUAGAAUGGAAAACAUUUUUUGUUUAAAGUUUUUAUUAGUCAAUUCAGCAACUGUGAAUCAGAUUAGGUUAGGUUAGGAAGUAGUCAAAGUUCAUGAUUUUUCUCGCGAUGAAAGUGAAAAAAAAUUGAAAUUUCUUUCGUCAUUUUGUUUUUAUUAUUGUUAAUUUUGAUUGUUAGUAAAUGUGAGUGAUAAAUUAAAAUAAAAAAAAAACAUAGAGAAACGCAUGCGUGAAUGAAAAUUAUAUACAUUUGUGUUUUAUAGUUGAUCAAAUCGCGUCAAGGUAGCAGUUCGGUCGCAUUGUUUUCGUGAUUGUAAAUGCGAGAACAGGUAAUUAGUGCUUCGUUUUGUGGCUGUUUUUUUUUUUUUUUAAAUGAUCUUGUAGAAAAAUUAUAAAUUGUGAAUUCUGUCACGUGUUCGCGAAUUAAAAAUAGACGAAGUCACUUCCUGGAGAAGGUCUUCGUCGCAAUUUCUAAAGGAUUCGAGGUCGCAUGUGACGUAUACGGAAGGGUGUGGGUGCGAUAGGGUGGUCAAUGCAAUGCGUGGUGGAGGAACGAGGUUCCAGGAUGUCCAGUGAUCACCCACCGACCACUACAGCGAAAGUGAUUCGCUCUUUUAUUCCGUGGAUACAAACGCAAAAGUGGAUUAAGGGCAUAUGGCCCUGGACUAUGGUUCUGUCUACAAUAUGCACCACACAAAUCAAUUAGAAGACGUGGGCUACAGAAGUGUCGAGAUAACAUCCGCCUUUACGCACCUGCCCCAAAAAGACAUGGCCCGUGAUACACCAGGUUCACCAAUUUCCCGGCCACGUGACUUGGGAACAGGUGGUGCAACUGCCACCCUCACUUCAAGCACGUAUCACACAUCGAGCUCCGAAGCCACUUUACAUGAACGGGCAUUACAACACAAAAUUCUUGAGCUACAGCAGCAGCAUCAACUUCAGCAGCAAUUUCUUAGACAACAAUAUCAGGCCCAGGAACGACAACUUGCCGAACUUCAUGAACAACAAAUGCAACAGCUCAAGCUCUGGGAGCAGCAAAAACAAUUAGAAGAACAGAGGAGGGAAAAAGAGAGACUAGAGGCUCUUAGGAAAAAAGACAAACAUGAUCAUAGUGCCGUUGCAUCUACAGAAGUUAAACAACGGCUUCAGAGUUUCAUUGUCAAUAAAAAACAAAGAGAAGCUGCAGCCGCAGCCAAUGGCGCCGUACCUGGUUCACCCGGAUAUAGAAAUUGGUUACAGUCACAAUCGGAAUCUGGUAGCUCGCCGAAUGCUUCCCAUCCUUAUAGAAUGCCGCAAAUUCUUCAGGACAAAUUCGGCGAUGAUUUCCCCCUUCGAAAAACAGCCUCGGAGCCUAAUCUGCUGAAGGUGCGACUAAAGCAGCGUGUGAUGGAGAGGAACAUGGCCGCGUCCAGAAAUUCACCCCUUAUGGCACGCAGGAAGGAUCGACUACUGUCGCACCUCAAGCGGAAGUCACUCCUAGCAAACUCUGGUAGUAAUCCUGAAUCUGGACCAAAUUCACCGCCAACAAUGAAUAAUUCUCAAUCGAGUCCAACAGCCGGAAGUAGUACACCAAUUCAGGAGGAAAGUGAAAAUGCACAGUAUGGUGGCGCAUUAACAAGCAGUAGUCAACAGGGUAGUCUCUCGGAUCUUUCCCUUUUCAGCUCACCGUCCAUGCCUAAUAUUUCCUUAGGUCGACCUCAUGUGCCAUCUAGUUCGACGAGCGGUACAAAAUUAGCACCAGUGUCUGAAGCCGAGGUGAGGGCGGCAUUCACAGCACGUUUGGGUAUGCCAUUAACUGGACAAAUGUUACCGGGAACAUUGCCAUUUUAUCCAUCAUUAACAGUAAUUGAAGGCGAGCCAACUUAUGUUCAUAAGCAAAUGCAAAAUCUGGAGCAAUCGGUAGGCAAUAGGCAACAUCCAAUGUACCACGGAAAUCCAAUAACGGAUACUCAAGUAGCACACGCAAGACUGCAUAAGGCUGGUCACCGGCCUUUAGGUAGUAGAACACAAUCGGCGCCAUUACCAUUGGGUCAUCCAAUGCUUCAGGGUGGAAUGAUUGCGCCGCCAACUCACUAUGAGGAAUAUCUUGCCGAGAAACAAUUACACGAUCAACAGCAGCAGGCUCACAAUUAUUUGAAGCAACAAAUUCGUCAAACAGUUUUGACACGUGUGGGAUCACGUGGCGGCGGCGGUGGUGGUGGUCAGGCCAAUCAACUUGACGAGGCGUCCGAGAAUGAAGAAUCGGAAGUUAUAGACCUAACUGGCAAAAAAGAAUUACAAGAGGAGAGUGAAAUUUCAAAACAACAACGUGAUCGUGAACAAUUUCUUCAACAACAAAGGGAUUUAAUGAUGCGACAUACACUUCAAAACGAAUCGACGGCCUACUCUGGCAGUAGGAGUACACAAACUGCCAGGCCAUUAUCCAGGGCGCUCUCUAGUCCUCUAGUACAUUUAGGAUCUCAAGGAGGUGGAGGAGACGUUUUUGCCAGGGGCUCACCACAUCGACCAACAACUGGCCUAGCUUUUGAUCAGCUAAUGAUGAAGCAUGCCUGUGUUUGCGGUGAAACAGUCAGGGGUCAUCCCGAACAUGGUGGACGAUUGCAAAGUGUUUGGGCCCGAUUAUCGGAAACGGGAUUAUUACAACGUUGCGAUCGAGUUCGAUCACGAAAGGCAACACUCGAAGAAAUUCAAACAUGUCACAGUGAAGCGCACACUCUUUUAUUCGGUACAAAUCCAUUAAAUCGACAAAAAUUGGACAUGUCAAAGCUCUCUCAUUUGCCGAUAAAAAGUUUCGUACGAUUACCAUGCGGUGGUGUUGGUGUUGAUUCGGAUACAACGUGGAAUGAAUUAUAUACUGCACCAGCGGCAAGAAUGGCCGUUGGAUGUGUUGUUGAUCUUGCUUUUAAGGCCGCUAUGGGCGAUAUUAAAAAUGGUUUCGCUGUUGUCCGACCACCAGGACAUCAUGCCGAAACAAAUCAGGCAAUGGGUUUUUGUUUCUUUAAUUCCGUUGCAAUUGCUGCCAAAUUACUUCAACAGAAACUUGACACAAGAAGAAUAAUGAUUCUCGAUUGGGACGUGCAUCAUGGUAAUGGAACACAACAAAUGUUUUAUGAUGAUCCACGAGUUUUGUAUUUGUCAAUUCAUAGGCAUGAUGAGGGGAAUUUUUUCCCAGGAACAGGUGGUCCAACGGAAUGUGGCGCUGGUGAAGGUUUAGGCUAUAAUGUAAAUGUUGCAUGGUCGGGUGGUUUAAAUCCACCAAUGGGUGAUGCCGAAUAUCUCGCGGCAUUUCGAACAAUUGUUAUGCCAAUUGCUAAGGAAUUUGAUCCUGAUAUUGUGAUUGUUUCGGCGGGUUUUGAUGCGGCAAUUGGUCAUCCAGCGCCACUUGGCGGUUAUAAUGUUAGUCCCGCUUGUUUUGGACGUAUGACACAGGAAUUACUUACACUCGCCGAUGGCAAAGUGGUUCUUAGUUUAGAGGGCGGUUAUGAUUUGGCGGCGAUUUGUGACUCGGCACAAGAAUGCGUGAGAGCAUUACUUGGCGAUGAUCCUACAUCGCUUCGAGACGAUGAACUCACAAGGAUUCCAUGUCAAAAUGCAAUUGACACACUACAAAAAACUAUCGCUAUUCAGAUGUCACAUUGGCCAUGCGUUAAAUUAGCUGCGCAUACUGUGGGCAUGAGUGCAAUUGAAGCAAGUCAGAAAGAACACGACGAAACCGAAACUGUUUCCGCAAUGGCUUCAUUAUCAAUGCAACAGCCCACAAAUCUUACAACUACAACAGAACAUUCCCGCGAAGUUUCCGAGGAGCCAAUGGAGCAGGAUGAAGCUAAAUGAGAAUGCAAUAUGAAAUAGCGAAUAAUUUUUUUCUUGUAAAUUUUUGGCGUAUUGAAAGAAAUCGCCGUAACUUGUUGUCGACGUGAAGAAGCUUCUUGAAAAGAAGACUUCAAACAAAAAAAAAUCGCUCCCUCAAGUGAGUAUUGUUUUUGUCAAUGUGUAUUUCCGCGCCUUUGGAGAAAAUCGUCGCAGGAUUUUUUUUUUUUCUUGGCAAACGAAGGCCAAUUUUUGCACGAGUUAUUUUCUCCAGAGAGGAAAAAAAAGCAAGUACUUAAAAAAAAAGAAUACUUUCUUAAAAGUUUUCACACUGCUUGCUAUUUAUACUUAAAAAGAACUUUUUUUUUUUUCAAAAUUCCCAGUUUCAGAAAAACAAAAACGUGCACUUUGGCAUGUUAUUAUUUUUGCAAAGUAAAUAUAGUAAAUUUUUAUUUUUCUCCUAAGAAGUUUAUUAAUUCGGCUUACGAUGUCUCAUCUACGUUGAUAGGCAUAAAGACGAAAAGUUUUUGUAACUUCACGAUGAAGUAAAAGAAAAAUAUUUGUAAACAUUGUAAUUUUUCAGGGAAAAUGUUUUUGGCUGGAUCGCGGGUCGAUUGUCAGGUACAUUUUUUAGUACAAGAAUUGAAGUUGUUUUUUUUUUUUGUUUUUUUAGAAACAAAAUAUAAAACUUUUUUGUAUACGUAGAAAUUUAAAAAGUCCGUUUUUUAUUCGCUAAAUGCGCAUUUUUCAGCUUGAUGAAACGAAAAGAUAGUUUUUUCAAAAAAGAAAGAGGUUUUUUAAAAACUGAAUUAAAUUUUUUCAAGCUCAUAAAUAUAAUUUAUAUUGAUCGAAUUCAGUGAAUAUACUCGAAUUUGUGUCUUAAAGUAACAACGAAUAAUUAUAAUAUAAACAAGGACCUCGAUUUAUCGAUUAGAGUUCUUUUUCUUUCAGUUAAUUUUUGUCCAAAUGAAAAUAGAAAAAUAUAAAUAUAAAUUAUUUCAAGAUUCGGAUUAAAAAAAACAUUAUUAUAUGUUUUGUGUAUGUACGUUUUGAUAUAAAGACGAUAAAUUUGUUAAUAAAUAAUAGAAGCAACAUUGUUAUUUAAAAAAAAAAUUAAUUUCAAAUAAUGUUGCUUGAUAAAAUUAAUAAUGUAAUUGAAUGUGAAUUUAUUUUUUUUUUUUUUGGAAAAUUUGUCGAAAUAUUCAAUUUACUGACAUGAAUUAAAAAGUAGAUUUUUUUUUUAAAGAAAAAAAAUAUAUUUAUCUAUGACUAAUGGAAAAUUAAUUUUUGGCCUUUUCUUUUGUCAGUGAAUUCGAUUUAUUUCGAAAAAAAAAAUGCAAUGUGAAAUUUUUUGAGCUCUGAUCAGCAUUUGCGAUACAAUUGGCGAAUGAUGAAAUAAAAAGACAAUAGUGUUAGAUUAUUUCUCAAUAUAUAUAUAUAUAUAUAUAUAUAUAUAAAAUAUAUAUUAUACUCUCUGUCGUUAAUGCGGAGACACUUGCGCUUUUGUGCUGGUCACUAGCGCUCUCAAUUCCCUCCUUUUUUUUCUUUUUAAUCAAGAAACUUGAAUUUUUUCAAACAUUCUUAUAAUCGUGCUGUUCCUAAUUCAGCGAGGCUUGAAUGGGGUUUCUUUUUUGGUAAUGAAAUUACGCUGUUUUAAUGUAAAAAAAAAAAUAUAUAUAUAUAUAUAUAAAAAAAAAUCGAUGUAAAAUGAAUGGUUGCUGUUGAUCGCGAAAGAGAAGGCAAGCAACGAGUUGUUGCUCAAACGUGAUUCUUAGUUUACUUGGUUUUUCUCCUGCGAACAAAGGCUGGUGCGAUUUUUGUGAUAUUUUGUAAAAAGUCUAUUAUGCUAUAUACGAUGAUUCAGUGAGUGAAUGGAAAAAAAAGUAUGACAGUGUUAUAGAGAAAGAGAAAGAGAGAGAGAGAGAGAGUGUGUACGAAAGAAGAGAAUACAAUUGAGAAACAUGCAUUUAUUUUUGUGUCAUGCAUUUUAUGAAAAAAGAGCGUGAAAGAGAAAGAAUAAAAAUUUAUUAAUUAACGAAUUACAAAAGAUGCUUUAUAUAUAUAUGAAUUUAUUAAAAAAUAUAUAUUACUAAAUAUACAUGUAUAUUGUAUUAAUUGUAAUAACGACAAAAAAGACGUUCGAAUCUCAAAGUGUCUGUCGUUAAAUGUUGACAAAAUAAAAAUUGAAAUUAUCUGGCAAAUCAUUUUCGUGCGAGAAUAUAUAUAUAUAUAUAAAAAAUGUCCAGCCUAUGUUGUGUGUACGUGGUUAUAAGUUGUAAUGUGACUAACAUUAAGAAAACAGUGUUAGGUGUAAAACUGUUUUGUCAUAUCGCUGUAGCAGAUUAUUAUUUUCUAGAAAGUUAGGCUGUAUUUAUAUUUAAAAAAAAAGAAUUAGAAAAAAAAACAACAAACUAUUUAUUAUUUAAGAGCGUUGGCUCGACGCUGGAGAGAAAAUGCGUCUGAUGCCUGUCGCGAUAAAAGAAACGUAAUCUAGAUUUAAAAAAAAAAAUUAUAUGUAAGAAUAUUUAAACUCUAAAGGCCUAGAAAAUUUGUAAAAAUUAUUUUAUUUUGGCCGAGAUUUUUUUGUUUGUUUGUUAUUUAUAUUUUUUUUACAAUAUAUAGUUAUUAAUAUUAUAAUUUCCUGAUUUUUUUUUCUGUUUUUUUUUUUUAGUAUCGCGAUGGCGCAUUACGUGUAAUACCAAAAGCUUUAAGUGAAUCUUGUUUGAAGCGACAGAAACUCGUGACAUUCCGGUAUCAUUCGUAAAAAAUAAAAAAAUAAAAAAAACACAUUGAUACAAAUUAGAUGUAAAGUACGAGAGAAAAAAAAAUUAAAUUAAGUUACAAUGAAUAUUAGAUUAUAAGUGACACAAGCCCAUAAAAUUAUGUUAUUGAAACAUGCACGAAGUAAUGUCUAUACAUAUAUUACGUACAGUUAUUGUAAUAGUCAUACAUUUUUUAUGUAUAUAAAUGUAUCUCCUAAAGUAAUGUUAAAUAAAAAUAUAGUCAUUGUGUUAAAA